GAAAAGUGAGCAUGGCCAGGUUGAACGGGCACUUGCGGGAGCUGCGGGGACCUCUGCUCCCGCCCAGGGAGGAGGUGGAGGAGGACUAUGACUAUCUAGAGGAAGAUGUGGAGGAGGAUGAAGACUCAGUGUUCCUGGACGCCGAGGAGCUCUGCAGUGGCGGCGUCAAGGCUGGCAGCCUCCCUGGGCGCAUCCAAGUUUUAAUUCCUGAUGAAAAUACUCAAGAGAAAUGUAAAGUGUUUGGACGUUUUCCAAUAACUGGUCCUUGGUGGCGAGUGAAGGUCCAGGUGAAGCCUACGGGAUUGAAGAACUAUCAAGUUCAAGGAUUUCCAUCAUACUUUCUACAGUCUGAUAUGUCACCACCAAAUCAAAAAAGUAUCUGUUCCCUCUUUCUUAAAGAGUGCGGUGUCUCCUCUGAUAAAAGAGAAGAAUUUUUAGCAUGGGUAAACAAUGUAUCAAGCUAUAACGAUCUCAACUUUGAAAAUCUUAGGGAAACAUUAAAAAUUUUCUACAUGGAAGAGGCAAGAAAAAAUAAAAAGAAAUCUGCAGAGAAUGAACAGGAGGAGUUAUUACUAGAUGGUGAGAUAAGUGUUCCUCCGGAAAAUACAAUUCCAUUUAUAUAUGUAAUGACAGCUUUGCAGUUUCCAAAAGUAAUGGAAUUCCUUCCAGUUCUUCUGCCUCGACACUUUAAACGACUCAUAAACUCUGAUUCUAAUGAAGUGUUAGAAAAGAUUGAAGAGAUUUUAGGUACACACCCAUGGAAGCUGGGAUUUAGUAAAAUAACCUACAGAGAUCUGAAGCUUUUGCGAUGUGAAGCAAGUUGGAUGGCUUUUUGUCAGUGCCCGACUCUUCUCCAGUUGAUGACUGACUUGGAGAAGAAUGCCCUGGUCAUCUACUCUACCCUGAAGCAGAUCUGUAGAGAGCAUGGUCACACGUGCAUUGAACAGGCUGACUUGACUUUGGAAAUGUCAGAGCACAUGUCUUUUCAUGAUGCUUGGCUAUCUCUGAAGUUUUUGAAGGACAUUGGCGUGGUGACAUUUGAGAAGGACUGGAUCUUUCUUUAUGACCUUUAUCAGGCUGAGAGAGGCAUUGCCUCAUCAAUAAGUGACCUGAUGAAGAGACCUCCGUGGCAUUUACACGUUGAUGUCAAGAAGGUGCUGGCAUCUAUUCGUGCCCCCAAAUCUGAGGAUUCAGGAAGUGAUGAGGAGGAAAGUAAACCUGAUGAAACAGAGUUAGAAAAUUCUGAGGGCAUUUUGGACCCAUGGGGUAGUGAUGACCUUACUUGGGAUAAUGGUGAAAAUGAAACUAAUGCAGAAAUAAAUGAAGUCCAGUUGGAUCAGGAUCAAGUGGCUGCCUUGGAAAUGAUUUGCUCCAAUGCUGUGACAGUCAUCAGUGGGAAAGGUGGCUGUGGGAAGACCACCAUUGUUAGCCACCUUUUUAAACAUAUAGAGAAGUUGGAAGAAAUAGAAGUUAAAAAAGCUUGUGAAGAUUUUGAACAAGACCAGAAUGUCCCAGAAGAAUGGAAUACCUUCUUUGAGCAGAGUCAUCUGGGAGCAGAAAAGACUAUAGAAGUUCUGCUCACAGCACCUACAGGGAAGGCAACUGGCUUACUGAGACAGAAAACUGGGCUUCCUGCUUAUACGCUCUGCCAGGUCAAUUAUAGCUUCUAUUUAUGGGACAAAAAGCUGAUGGACAAGAAUAUGCCAUGGAAAUUUUCUUCGGUUAGAGUUCUGGUUGUGGAUGAAGGGAGUCUGGUGUCUGUAGGCAUCUUCAAGUCGGUUUUAAAAUUACUGUGUGAGCACUCUAAACUUUCUAAGCUUAUUAUCCUUGGUGAUAUUAGACAGUUACCUAGUAUUGAACCUGGUAACUUGCUGAAAGAUCUUUUUGAGACUCUUAAGUCAAGAAAGUGUGCUAUUGAACUGAAGACAAACCACAGAGCAGAAUCUCAGUUAAUUGUGGACAAUGCUACACGAAUCUCAAAACGUGAAUUUCCAAGAUUUGAUGCAGAACUAAAUAUCUCUAAUCCUCCAUUCCCCAUCUCAGUUGAAGAUAAGACAUUUAUCUUUGUCAGACUCCCAGAAGAUGACACCAGUUCUCAGUUAUCUGAAAGCAGUCGUCACUCCUAUUUAUAUUCUGCAGUUAGAAGUUUACUGGAAGAAAAUGACUUUAAAAGUGCAAAAACAUCACAAUUUAUUGCAUUUAGGAGGCAGGACUGUGACCUCAUCAAUGACUGCUGUUGCAAGCACUACACAGGCCACCUCAUCAAAGACCAUCAGAAGAGACUCAUAUUUGGAGUUGGUGAUAAAAUUUGUUGUACCAGGAAUGCAUACCUUUCGGAGUUACUUCCUGGAGUUACCUCUGGAAGUCAGCCUGAUAAUGAUCUAGAAGCCAGUGGAGAAGGCUUUGGUGGGACUCCUCAUGAUUUUCCCAAGAAUAAGCCUGACUUUGAAAGUGGUAUUCGCCUGUGCAAUGGAGAAGUAUUUUUCAUAACAGGAGAUGUAACUGAUGUAACUUUUGGAAAGAGAAGGUAUUUGACCAUUAAUAACAUGGCUGGCUUGGAAGUAACAGUGGAUUUUAAAAAACUAAUGAAAUAUUGUCACAUAAGACAUGCAUGGGCAAGAACUAUCCACACGUUUCAGGGGUCCGAGGAGGACACGGUGGUCUACGUGGUGGGGAAGGCAGGCCGCCAGCACUGGCAGCACGUCUACACUGCAGUGACCAGGGGCCGCUGCAGAGUGUACGUCAUUGCAGAAGAGUCUCAGCUCCAGAAUGCAAUCAGGAGAAAAAGCGUUCCCAGGAAUACUCGUUUAAAACAUUUCUUGCAAAACAAGCUCUCCGUUAACCAUGCAUCUGUAGCAGACCUUCCGUCCCAGUUGAAGAACUCUGGAGACAGUGGAGGUCCCAGCACACCACCUUCGGCAUCACCCCUCCCUACAGUCCCAGUCAGCACAAUCACACACGAUGUCUCCAGGUGCAAGUCCUCUGUGGCUGAAGAUGGGACCUUCGCCUGGGAUGGAGGCUGGCAGCUGUCUUCAUUUGACGAAGCGGAUGCAGAUGAGGAUCUAUCACAGUCACGAGGGUCCAAGAGAACCUGUGGAACAAGUGACUACGAAAGUCCAAACAAAGUCCUCAUGGUGGAAGAAUCGUCUCCACAAGUGUCUUCUAGACUUCAGAAUUUGAGACUGAACAAUUUAAUCCCCAAGCAACUUUUCAAACCCACAGACAAUCAAGAAACUUUUAACUUUCCCCAGGAUUGCUCAGAAUAAUUACCUUUUUUUGUUGUUGUUGUUUUAAGACAAAUAUGCACGUUUUACCUUCAAAGUUUCAAGAUAAAAGAGGAUGCCUAUAACUGGAAUUUUGCUUGAAGAUGUUUGUGUUAGCAGAUGUUUAAAAUCCACUUGAUCAAAGAAAACUUUAAUGAUUUCAGUAUCUAUCAUCAUGAGAACUGGUAGCCAUGGACAUAAACAAGGGGAAAUGAUAUUAUAUGUUAAAAAAAAACCCUUGUAUUUUAAAAUGUGUUUUAUUUUCUAGUAUAAUGCCUUAUUAAUUUCCAUGAUCAUUGCCAGUUGUCUUUGCCAACAGUUAAAGCAAAGAAGAACUGUCGCUCUCACUGACACACAAUCCAGGAUGCCAGGUCUUCUGCAGAUGGUCCUUCACAUGCUGCUGCUCACUCCAUCGCUGCUGCUGGGGUGGGGACUUUGCCUGGAAAUGUCUUCUGAGUUAGGAACAUGUUGUUCUGAGUAGAUCUCAUGUUAGGAAAUUUCUCUUAGAGCAAUUCAAUUUAAAAUUUUUUUAUUGUUAAAUACACUAUGGUUUGAAUGUGUCCUCUGAACUUCAUGUAUUGGAAACUUGAUCCCCAAUGCAAAGGUGUUGAGAAGUGGGGCCUCAGCCAGUGAUUGUGGGAAUAGGCUUCUGAUAAAAGGUGAAUCCAGCCCCCUCUUGCUCAUUUGAGUGGUUCUCUAGUCCUUCUGCCUUCUGCCAAGAGGUAACAAAGCAGGAACACCCUUGCCAGAUUCAUUACCUUGAUGUAGGCACACCUAGCUUUAUUUACUGUGCUUUACUGCGCUUCUCAGACAUUGGGUUAUCUACAAAUUGAAGUUCUGCAGCACCCCUCUGUGGAACAAGUAUAUUGGCAUUGUUUUUCCAAUAGCUCAGAUGAUCCAGUUUUUAGCAAUAAAGUAUUUUUUAAUUGUUUUAUAUGAUUUUUGAUAUAGAACUAUUGCAUACUUAAUAGACUUUUUAGUAAUAUAAAUAAAUUUUAUAUGUAUGGAAACAAAAAAUUCAUGUGACUCAUUUUUUGUGAUAUUCUCUUUAUUUUAGUGAACUAAAACCAAAACUAAAUAUCUCUGAGAUGACUGUGUUGAACUUCCCAGCCUCCAGAACUGUGAGAAAUAAAUCUAUUUUUUAAGUAAAUUACCCAGUCUGAUACUCUUUUAUAGCAACAAAAGUCGACUAAGAAAAAUAAUAAAAGAAAAAUAAAGAGGAAAAAUGUACUUGUUAUCCCAAUUUUUAAAAUAUCUUUGUUGUGAUCCCCCCAUUUAAAAUGUACCAUGCAGAAAGUUUUCGUUUGGUAACUGUUAGUACAUUCACAGAAUUGUGCAACUUUCAUUACAAUUCUAGAACAUUUUCAUAUCAAAAACAUGCCACACACCUUAGCCAUGAGCCCCUAAACCACUCCAACCCUGGGCAGCCAUUCAUCUACUUUGCCUCCAUAGGUUUGCCUGAUUGGGACAUUUCCUAUAAAUGGAAUCAUACAACAUGUGGUCCUUUGUCACCGACUUCUUUGACUAGCAUUAUGUUUUCACCUUUCAUCCUAUUACAUCAUUGCUUCCUCUCAUUUAUUGACAAAUGAUAUUCCAUUGAUAGCUAGAGCACAUUACAUUUGUCCAUUAAUUAGUUGAUAGACAUUUGGGUGGUUUCUACUCUAACUAAUGCUGCUUUGAAUGUUUAUGUACAAAUGUUUGUAUGGAUGUAUGUUUUCAUUUCUUUAGGGCAUAUAACCCAGAGUGGAAUUGUUGGGUCAUCCAUCUGGUAACUAUAUUUUACCAUUUGAGAAGCUGUUACAUUUUAUAUUCUCCCCAGCAAUAUUUCAAUUUCUGCAUAUUUUCUCCAAGAUUUGUUUCUUUCUUCUUUUUUCUCCCCAGUGUUGGAAUCAAACCCAGGGCCUCAUGCAUGCUAGGAGAGUGCUCUGCCACUGAACUAUACCCCCAGCCCUUAAUUUCUUGACAAUGGCCAUUCUAGUGUGUAUGAAGUGAUAUUUCAUUGAGGUUUUGAUUUACAUUUUCCUUAUGGCUAAAGAUGUCCAACAUUUUCCAUGUACUUUUAGUCAUUUAUAUGUCCUUUAUAGAGAAGUAUUUAUUCAGAUCUUUUGCCAACUUUUUCAUUAGGUUUCCUUAAAUUAUCAAAAUGUAGGAGUUCCACUUAGA